CCUUGAAAACAGAGGAGAUACUUCUAGUUGAGUAGGCGCUAGAAACUUCCAAAGUGUUCCCUGUAACUCCUAAAUCUCUCUGUAACGUUCCACUGUAUUCCUUCCUUGUAUUUCCUUCCAUCUUCCAUCUUCCACACUCUGUACUCUUCAUUCUACUCCUUCAAUUCUUCCAAUCUCUCACAUUCUCUCUCCUCUUUUCUGGGUCUCCAAUGGCUGCUAGAACCAUCACCACCAAACGCCUGAUUACUCGCUCAGCUUAUGCCGCCAUUUCUGCUUCCAAAACUUCCCCUUCUUCCUACCCUCUUUCCCACUCUCUCUCCUCUUCCAACUUCUUUUCUGCCCCAAAAACAGCUGUUCCCUCCAAUUCUAGCGGUUUGGCAAAUGGGGUUUUGGAGAGAGAGCUUUUCAGGAACUCCAUUAAUGGCGUCGCCAGCAAUUCAUUUCUGGGUUCUCGAUUUUACUCUGUUUCUGCUGCUCCUUCUGCGAGCUCAGGCCAGAUUAAUCAACCAGAGUUUACUGAGAUGGCAUGGGAGGGGAUUGUUGGGGCUGUUGAAGCUGCACGACUGAGCAAACAGCAAAUUGUCGAGACCGAACAUCUAAUAAAGGCCCUGUUAGAACAGAAAGAUGGUUUGGCCCGUAAAAUUUUAACAAAAGCUGGGCUUGACAAUUCGUCAGUGUUGCAAGCUAUAGAUGACUUCAUAUCCAAGCAGCCCAAGGUUGUAGGUGACACUAGCGGUCCUAUUCUUGGCACAAAUCUUGGUUCCCUUUUGGACAGAGCCAGAAAACAUAAGAAAGAAAUGGGUGAUGAUUUUGUGUCUGUAGAGCAUUUGGUUUUGGCAUUUUAUUCAGAUCCAAGGUUUGGGAAGCAAUUGUUUCAAAAUUUUAACCUCAGUGAGAAGGAUUUGAAGGAGUCCAUUCAAGCUGUUCGUGGAAGUCAAAAAGUUACAGAUCAAAAUCCAGAAGGGAAAUAUGAAGCACUAGAGAAGUAUGGAAGUGAUCUUACUGAAUUAGCUCGGCGCGGUAAACUUGAUCCUGUUAUUGGGAGAGAUGAUGAGAUUCGCCGCUGCAUCCAAAUAUUGUCCAGAAGAACCAAGAACAAUCCUGUAAUCAUUGGUGAGCCUGGAGUUGGUAAAACAGCAAUAGCGGAAGGAUUAGCCCAACGUAUAAUACGUGGUGAUGUUCCUGAACCAUUGAUGAAUCGGAAGUUGAUCUCACUUGAUAUGGGUGCUCUGCUUGCUGGGGCUAAAUUUCGCGGAGAUUUUGAGGAGAGACUUAAAGCUGUGCUGAAGGAAGUGAGUGCUUCUAAUGGGCAAAUAAUCCUUUUUAUAGACGAGAUUCAUACAGUAGUGGGAGCAGGGGCUACUGGUGGUGCUAUGGACGCUGGUAACUUACUAAAGCCAAUGCUUGGUCGAGGAGAACUUCGGUGUAUUGGUGCCACAACAUUGAAUGAGUACAGAAAAUACAUUGAAAAAGAUCCUGCACUUGAACGGAGAUUUCAGCAAGUGUUCUGUGGCCAGCCGUCCGUGGAGGAUACAGUUUCCAUUCUUCGUGGAUUGCGUGAACGUUAUGAAUUGCAUCAUGGUGUUAAGAUAUCAGACGGGGCUCUUGUUGCAGCUGCUAUACUCUCUGAUCGUUACAUCACUGAAAGGUUUUUACCUGAUAAAGCUAUCGAUCUUGUUGAUGAAGCUGCUGCAAAGCUGAAAAUGGAGAUUACUUCUAAGCCUACAGAGUUGGAUGAGAUAGAUAGAGCAGUGCUAAAAUUAGAGAUGGAGAAACUAUCCUUAAAAAAUGACACUGAUAGAGCAUCCAAAGAGAGACUUAACAAGUUGGAAAGUGAUCUCAGCUCAUUGAAAGAGAACCAAAAGGAGCUAAACGAUCAAUGGGAAAGCGAAAAGGUUCUUAUGAACCGAAUCCGGUCAGUCAAAGAAGAGAUCGACAGAGUCAAUCUGGAGAUGGAAGCUGCUGAACGUGAAUAUGACCUCAGUCGUGCUGCUGAGCUGAAAUAUGGAACCUUGAUGUCUCUUCAACGGCAGUUGCAGGAGGCUGAAAAGAACUUGGCAGAAUAUCGUGAGUCUGGUAAAUCCUUGCUUCGAGAAGAAGUUACUGAUGUAGAUAUUACUGAAAUUGUUAGCAAGUGGACUGGCAUACCCUUGUCUAACCUUCAACAAUCUGAGAGAGAGAAGCUUGUCUAUUUAGAAGAGGUCCUUCACAAACGAGUUAUUGGACAGGACAUGGCUGUCAAAUCUGUGGCUGAUGCAAUUCGCCGUUCAAGGGCUGGAUUGUCUGACCCGAAUCGACCAAUAGCAAGCUUCAUGUUUAUGGGCCCUACUGGUGUAGGGAAAACUGAGCUUGCAAAAGCUUUGGCUGGUUACCUUUUUAACACCGAAAAUGCUCUUGUACGUAUAGAUAUGAGUGAGUACAUGGAAAAGCAUGCAGUGUCACGGCUGGUUGGUGCUCCCCCCGGUUAUGUUGGAUAUGAGGAAGGUGGGCAGCUCACUGAAGUAGUGCGACGACGACCUUACUCUGUUGUCCUGUUUGAUGAAAUUGAAAAAGCCCAUCAUGAUGUCUUCAACAUCUUGUUGCAAUUAUUGGAUGAUGGACGUAUAACCGAUGCUCAGGGAAGAACUGUCAGUUUUACUAACUGUGUGGUUAUUAUGACAUCUAACAUUGGGUCCCACUAUAUCCUGGAAACUCUGAAAAAUACUCAAGAUAGCAAGGAUGCAGUGUAUGACUUGAUGAAAAGGCAGGUUGUAGAUUUGGCUAGGCAAACAUUCCGUCCCGAGUUCAUGAAUAGAAUUGACGAAUAUAUCGUUUUCCAGCCUCUUGAUUCCAGAGAAAUCAGCAGAAUUGUUGAGUUACAGAUGAAUCGGGUGAAAGAUAGGCUGAAGCAAAAGAAGAUUGAUCUUCAAUACACUAAAGAAGCCCUGAAACUACUUGGGACAUUGGGCUUUGACCCGAAUUACGGAGCUCGGCCUGUCAAGCGGGUGAUACAACAGAUGGUUGAGAAUGAAAUUGCAAUGGGAGUUCUGAGGGGAGAUUUUAAGGAAGAUGACUCUGUCAUUGUUGAUGUGGAUACACUGUCAUCAGCCAAAGACAAGUCACCUCAGGAUAAGCUGGUCAUCAGAAAGCUAGAAAGCAGUCCCUUGGAAAACAUUAUGGUGGCCAAUGACUAACGUUCUCAGAAGUAAUUGUUGGAACAAGUGUGUUUUGGUGUAAAUUUUGUGGAAAACAAAAAGUCCCACAUUGGUGGGAAAUAGAAGUUUGUCCUCCCUUAUAUUGGAGAAUGUGGAGUAUUUGGGUGUGGCCCUUGGGCUACCCACAUUUUGUGGAGAGGGAGGACUUACCUACCAAGCCCACUUAUCACACACGCGAGCCGAGCCGGGUCGGGUCGGGUUUAUUAAUUAAACUUAAUUUUUGCUCAGUUUUUGAACAAGGCUUAAUUACGUAAUUCGUGCCUUGAUUUUUGCUAAACGGUUUUGACUGGUUAUCUCUCUAACGUUUAGUUACUGUACAUUCUCUCUUAGCUUUUGCUGAUCUCUUAUUUUAUGAUGUGAUACGUCAGUGUCGAUUCUUUUUCA